UAGAUUUGACGGGUGAAGGUCGAGAACUCAGGAUUUUUCUCGACCUAAACUAUCCGAUUGCCGAUUAAUACAAUAUUCAGGUUCAGGAUGUCCCAUUCGCAAACGCAAAUAAAUACUUAGUAAUAUUGUUUAAGAGAUUCACAGUAAACAAAAUCUGCGUCCCUCCUUAUAAAAUAGAUAACUUCCAAUUGAGGUUAUACACCAAUUACUACAAUAGUUUGUAAAAUCAAGAGUCAUUGAUUAAAAGGUAUACAAAAAUGUUUUGUUGGGGUAAUGGAACUCAUCAUGAAUUGUGUAUAGAAAGCCCUGACGCUAUUGACUUGGUCAUAAAACCAACACUAUCUAAAUGGAAAGAAAGCAAUCAUGUCUGGUCAGUGAGUGCUGGGGAGUUCCAUGCACUAUACCUUACCCAGGGUGGACAUCUAUAUUCAUGUGGCAGUAAUGAGGUUGGUCAACUUGGCCGUCACACUGAAAAAGAUGGAAAAUCUCCAGGGCUGGUUGAAAAAUUUAAAGAAUUCAAGAUUAUUAUAGCGGCUUGUGGAAUACAGCAUUCUCUUGCAGUAAAUGAAUGGGGGAUUCCCUAUGGCUGGGGCUGUAACAGCAUGGGUCAACUUGGAGUAGAUAAUUCUGAUUCACUUUCUCAAAAUGUACCUUCUGUUGUUAAGGGCCUAGCAACUAAACAUGUUGUACAAAUUGCAUGUGGUUUUUAUCAUUCUGUAGCUUUAACUAUGAAUGGUGAUCUGUUUUCAUGGGGAGCAAAUAGCUAUGGUCAAUGUGGUCUUGGAACUAUGACAAACAAAGAAAUGAAACCACAACAAAUCACCUCACUAUUUGGUGUGCCUCUUGCACUGAUAGCUUGCGGUAGCAAUCAUACAUUUGUCUUAUCUAAAUCGGGUGCAGUUUUUGGAUGGGGUAAAAAUUCACAUGGACAAUUAGGACUGCAGGACAAAGACAAUAGAUGUUACCCUGUACAUUUGAAGACAUUACGAAAUGUUAAAGUUUGUCAUAUAGCUUGUGGUGAAGACUUUACUGUCUUUUUAACACUAGAUGGAGGUGUAUUUACUUGUGGAGUUGGGGAAUAUGGACAGACUGGACAUGGCACAACCAGAGAUGAAUUGGUUCCUAGAAAGGUGAUGGAACUGAUGGGCAGCACAGUGACCCAAGUAGCAUGUGGGCGUCGCCACGUGCUGUGUCGCGUGGGCGACCGCAUACUGGCGUGUGGGUACGGAGCGCGCGGCCAGCUGGGCUGCCGACGUAUCUCCUUCGCUUUAGUGCCCACACCUGUGCCUUUCACGCCGAAUGACGACUCUCCGGCAGAUAGUCCAGGCCAAAGUAAGCCCAAGAAGAAACCGAGGUUGGAGAGUUCAACCAAGAAGCUCUUUGAAAAAAUCACCAGAGCGGCUUCGCCCAGUGGAAAUUUUUCGUCGGAAAUUCUCAGUGGUCCUUUGAAAGUGUUUGCUGGUUUCGAUCACAGUUUCCUGGUCGCCAACUGUGAGAAGGCAACAACCGACUUCCGCGUCCCAGAUCCAAAUAAACAAAUUAUCACGUUAAACUUAACAAAACUGCACGCUUGUGAAUCUUACAAGGACAGUGAUGUUGUAAAUCAGGAUUUAAUGGCAUAUUUAGAAACGGCAUUUGGUUCAUUGGCAUGCGUAAACGGAUCGUUUCUUUUAUCAAAUAAUGGACAUUUCGGCUGCAACUCUAAAACGCCAGGCAUUGAUCUCAAAGUCAUCGAAGAAGCAUUUACGGUCAUAAGCCGGUACGAAAACUCUUCAAUAAAGGAACUUAUAUUUAAUCACCUCACAGAGAAUAUCAUAAAGAAGAUGAAAGUAUCGCCACCUGACGUAGAAGCGCUAAGAAUGUUUCUGAUACUCCCUGUAUACCACGAAAUGAGGAACCCUAGGCGGCAUCCAGAGUUACAGGGCCCUUUUGCCGAAGCAUUCAACAAUCUGUCGCCGCUACCUCAACAAAUAGUGCAGCGAUGGUGGGAGGCGCAACCUUCGGAAUAUUUUGAGAGGCUAGUCGAUAUUUUCAAGAGUGUUAUAGUGUAUGAACUUAUGCAACCUGUUGUUCGGGCCAAUAAGAUGGUAUAUUAUUUUUUCCAGAAAAUUUACUUCACACACAGCAUUCUUCAAAUAUUAAAUUUGUUGACCACAUUGCACAAGAUUAACUUCAACAACACGAACAAACCAAAGAUACCAGCGGAAUCUUUCUACAUAGAUGACUUGUGUAAUCACGUUGACAUAGCUACAGAUUACAUCAACUGGAUAACUGAUAAAGGCGCCACACAGCCUCACAUGUGCAAUUAUCCGUUUCUAUUCGACGUCACAUGCAAGUCGCUCCUACUCAAGAUAGACCAACAGCUCCAAAUGCAGAUGGCCAUCAACCGCGCGGCCACACAGAUGUUCACGCGUCUCAUAUUCGACCCCACGUACGAGUACCACACGCAAGACCAGUUCCUGAAUCUGACUGUGUCCAGGAACCACCUAGUGAGAGAUACAAUGCUGCAGAUCAGCAAUCAUGAUAGCUCACAGCUGAAGAAACCACUAAGAAUAACAUUUGAAGGAGAGGAAGCUGAAGAUGCAGGCGGGGUUAAAAAAGAGUUUUUCUUGUUGCUUCUCAAAGAGAUAUUCGACCCUGUGUACGGCAUGUUCAAACAGUCUGAGGAGACCAAUAUGAUUUGGUUCUCUAACAACCCCUUUGAAGACGACGUUAUGUACUAUUUAAUAGGCGCAAUAUACGGUCUAGCUAUCUAUAACUCCAUAAUAAUCUACGUUCCGUUUCCGCUCGUGCUGUACAAGAAGUUGCUGGGUGAAACUGUGAUGUUGGAUGACCUCAAGGACCUGUACCCGACGCUCGCUAACAGUUUGAAGAGUCUCCUCGACUACCCCGAUGAUGAUGUUGAAGAUGUUUUCAGCCUCUGCUUCGCAGUAAACACAGAAGUGUUUGAUCAAAUAGAAGUCCACCCGCUGAAAGAAGAUGGUGUGAACUUGCCCGUAACCAGCGACAAUAAAAACGAGUAUGUUGAGCUGUAUGUCGACUUCCUGUUGAAUAAAUCCGUCGAGAAUCAGUUCAAGGCGUUCAAUCAGGGGUUCCAAAAGGUGUGCGGCGGCAGUAUAAUCAAACUGUUCAGAUCGCAUGAGCUGAUGUCGGUGGUGAUCGGCAACGAGGAGUACGACUGGGAUGUGUUCGAGGGCAACUGCGAGUACAAGAACGGCUACACCUCUUCCGACCCUCAAGUGCGGUGGUUCUGGGAAGUGUUCCAUGAAUUGUCGAUUGAAGACAAGAAAAAGUUCCUUUUAUUUUUAACGGGCAGCGACCGGGUACCUAUUCAAGGCAUGCGAGACAUAAAAAUAAGAAUCCAAGCAGUAGCAGACGAGCGUUACUUCCCCGUAGCCCACACAUGCUUCAACCUGUUAGACUUGCCGCGGUACAAAACUAAGGAGCGCCUCAAGUACCACCUACUGCAGGCUAUACAGCAAACCCAGGGUUUCUCCCUAGUCUGAACAACACCUCAUAAGUCCAUAUACUAAUAAAUUCCCAAAGUGUACGCCGCGCUUCGUAAAGGUGCGGUUAUACCGUGCAAAUACUCAUACUAUCUUGCGGUUAUACCUAGCGAAUACUCAUGUUAUCUCCACUCUGGCUAGAGUGGGGAUUGAAGUACAUACACUCGCUUGGUAUAACAGCACCUUUACUCGUUUUCAAAUGUGCGUUAGACUUUUACUUGCCUAAAAUGAAAAAGAGAUUUUAUACGUACAGUAAAAAUGCGUAAUUGAACAGUUUGUACGUUAUCGAUACUUCCGCUUUUUAGGGCUGGAUUGGGUUGAAAUUAAAUUUCAAAAUGUCACUUGCAUGUUGACUUUAGCUUGACACAUAUAAAUAAAAGAAUGUCAAUUGCUUGCACGUUCGUGGAUGCAUUCAUAAAGUUAGACGCGAUCUAUUAGUUGGGUUGAUGGGUUUACGCAAAAAAAAAAAACAAAAAAAAACGCGUAAACCUAUUUCUCUAUUUUAGUCCGCCCAAAUUAAGACUGAAAAGACAAAUGAUUAAUACAUCAGUAAUGUCGCUAGACUUUUCCAAUUUAUAUUGAUAAUCGUGAAUUGUUAUGUAUGACACAGACUUUUUUUAGUUGCUAGAUCUGAAUAGUUAAAUUUAUGAUACGUCUUACUUUUUCAGUGAAGACACUGUACAUUUCAAUUAGAUCUGGGAAAUUGCAUCACGUUGGGACAUAGAUAAGGAUGGCUACAUAUGUUAAAUUUGUGAUUUACUGCUCAAAUUGAAAUGACGAUCAAUGGCUAACAUGUGUAUUCUUUUUUUUUUUCACUUUGACUCACUACGUCAUUUGUAUCCAAUAUAUGCCAUCAAUAUGCCACGAACAGCCAGCUCCUUACACGCGUAGUAAAUUUUGGGGUAAGACAAGAAUUUUUCCAUUUUAACGUCGAAAUGUUCGUAACAUCAAGAUAUUUGUCAAUAUAAAUAAAUAUAGUUUCUUACAUAAUGGGGGAAAUGCGCAUGCUAGUAAUUUGCGCGCUUGUUCGUUAGUUACAGGCACGUGCAAGCUAGCAUGUGUAUACAAUGACAUGUCUGCGGCCGGCUUGCAAGGAAAUAUCGAGCCAUUUUAUUUACUGUCAUGCAAUGUGAAGGACAAAACUAUAUGAAGGGGGCACGGGCAGAACCACCGAUAUGGACCGGAAACGCUUGCAACUUUUGCAAGUAGCUUGCAUGUGUAUUUCUGCCUAGACAUAAAAAGUUUGACAUCAGUUAAACACAGUAGGUUUUGUUUUUAAAUGUAGAAUAAAGUUUGCGAGCGAUAGUUGGUGUGACACAAAUCGUUUACGUGAUGUUUUGAGAACUAAAAUAUUUGUAAGUUUAUCAUAUGAUUAGGUGACUAAUUCCUAUGUUUACCCGUUUGUUGCAUUUAUUGUUGGAGUUGGGUUUUAUAUUAUACAUAAUAAAGAAGAUUUGAAAUUGAGAAGAUUGUACCUAAUGUUAUAAACACGUUAAAAAUGCUAUUCAUGUACAGGAAGUAGACAAUAAAUAUGUUCAGUUACCAGUUGACCGGGUAGAAGAUUUAGAUAAUCGAAAUUGGUUUGGUUUGUCAGUUUUAUUAGUAAUAUUUAUUAAAUAUGUUGAUAUUAAUGUUUUCAAUAACAAGGUCUUGCGCAUUUCUCAAUUAGAAAAUGUCAUGUAAAAUACUUUCGGUAAAACUACAGAUAAAUUAAUGUAUACAUAACAUCGGUUAAAGUAAAAAAACGGAAUCAUGCAGAUGGAUUCUUUUAAACGUUACAUGUGUUUUAUUCGCAAAAAUCGCAUUCAUUGAAAGUUUCGCAAAAACAAAAAGUACUUUUCGUAAUUUUCAACGCUAAUCUAGAGCGACGUUUAGUCGCUUCGUUAAUUAAACAUACUUUGAUAAUCCGAUUCCUUAUGACUAUUGACGCAAUUAAAUCUGUUCCUUGUUUUUUGGUGCCUUUGUGCUCAUAAUCAAUCAAAUAAGAGCAUUUGAUUACUAUGUCGUUUGAUAUUGUAUUGUUAUCGAUAUUAAAAAUUAUUAAUUUUUUAUGUUUGUGAUUUUAUAUUAUUAUACAUUUAUUUGUUUGCAUUUGUAGGUAUUGCAUACAAUUUAGAUUAGAUAAUGUUUUGAAUUUAGGGCUGUAUGUUCGUCUCCAAAUAAAUAUUUAAAAAAGUUAAUCUCGCUAACUGGUGGACUUAGUUACAUUCCACAGGAGAUCUUAUAACAAUAUUUUGUUUGAGCCAUUUCAAUAUAUCCAUUAAAAAUGGGCUUUUAUUAAGGUUACUUGUACCUAUUUUGUGAAUAAAUCUGUCCAGUUUAUUUUCUGGUCUCGAUUUGUUAUUUAAGAUCUAGAAAAUUGUUAAAAUUGUGUAAUGAUUUUUAUUACUCAAGAUGGACGCACAGCCUUAGAAGGUUACGAAUUUAACAAUUAUCGGAGUCGCGACAGGAACGUAGCCAUAAUAAAUGUGUACAUAACAUGGUUACAUCUGUGAUAUUAAGCAUACACCGUUGACUCACGAGUGACAAUAUGCUUUAUGGUUCCACAACUCAAAAAUAGCGGAGCCCUUGUAGGAUCACUUUUUGUAUUGAUAUUAUUGCUGUGCGAUGGGACAUCACGUAUUUUGAACGAAGUGCAAAACAUGCCUUGUGAAUUUGGCGAUAAAUAAUUAUUUCAUUUUUUAAUUUGUUACAACAACAUACAACGUACGUAAAACGAAUGGGUCAUUUCCGUUUCGAAUACACAUCAACAUUCCUGUUGAAAUCACAAUUUUUCGAGAUAACAUUUAUGUAACAAUUAUUUAUGUAACGGUUAUUUGUUACCUAUCUGUAUAUAAAGUUAAAUUAAACCAAAAUUGCGUUAAUGUUGAUAUUUACUUUAGCGUGUGUCCCACUGUGCAAUUUUUGUAAAUAAACAUGUAGCUUGGCUAGACCGCUGAUUGUUCAGACCAUUGUGCACCAGCUGGCACGGCGUGGAUUGCACACUUUGUAUGUAUUGUAACAUAAUAUAAUAUUUUCUUAUGUAAA